AUGACAACGGAAGAAACGCCUGUGAUCAUCGUGGGAGCUGGCCCCGUGGGCAUGGUCCUCGCGUACCAGCUUGAUCGGUUGCAGAUCCCAUGUUUCAUUGCUGAGCAGAAUCUCGAAACGACAAGAUGGCCGAAGAUGGACCUAACAAACUGUCGCUCCAUGGAGCUCCUCCGGUACCUGGGAUUGGCGGAUGACUAUCGCGUACAGCCUGACGCCGUGAACGAGGAUGUUGGAUUCGAUACAGGCUUCGUGACGCAGAUCAACCCCAAGGGUCGACUGCUGAGUUCCUGGAGACUCCCAUCCGCCCGACAGCAACGGGCUUACAUCCACGCGAAUAAUGACGGCAGCCAACCCGCCGAGGCCGAGCAGCGAUGCUCACAGAUCAUCUUCGAAGCGUGGUUGAAGAAAAUCGUUGUCGCAAAGCCGCACAUCAGCAGCAGAUUCGGCUGGAGGUACCUGUCGCACCGGGAAGAUGCGACCGGCGUCGUCGCCAAGUUCGCCGACCUGGACGGUCAGCAUCAUACCGUGCGCGGUCGAUAUCUGGUCGGUUGUGACGGUGGCGGCAGUCGAGUACGCCGCACGGCCGAGAUAAAUAUGCUCGGAGGCCCGAUGCCAAUGCAAUUCCACCUGGUGCACUUCAAGUCCCGCGAGCUGGCCAACAACCUCCCUUUUGGCCGUUUCUGGCAUAUGUUUCCCAUCAACGGGGGAUUUCUAAUUGAUCAAGACGAUGAUGACACAUUUACGGCACAUUUCCCCGUCCACCUACUCGGGCCAGACAAGGUUGAGCCCCAAGAAGUGGUAUAUCGGGCAUUGGGUGGUGCGGGACAGCCGCACCGGUUCAAGAUUGAUGAGAUCCUGGUCGACAGCGAGUGGACGCCGAAUUUCAGUGUGGCCGAGCAAUAUAACACCGACAGCCUGAAGGUAUUCCUGGCAGGAGAUGCUGCACAUCGCAACCCUCCUCACGGCGGCUACGGCAUGAACAGCGGAGUAGUCGACGCCGUCGACCUCGGCUGGCGACUGUCGGCCGUGAUCAAAGGAUACGGCGGCGACCUGCUCCUCCGCACAUAUAGUCAGGAGCGACGACCAAUCAUGGUCCGCGCCCUGGUGCGCGCGCACCGCCAUCUCGUGGAACACAUCAAGCUAGCCCAGAUCUACGAGCACGACCCGGGUCUCCUCGAAGCGGCGACGCCGCAGGGCGACGCGCUCCGCGAGAAGGUGCAUGCCUUCCUGCAAGAAUCCGGGCCCGAGACGCUGGACCGGGGCAUCGAGCUGGACCUCCGCCUCUACCACUCGCCCGUGGUCUGGCAAGACGGGUCGCCCGAGCCGCACUGGGAGACCGGUCGAUAUGUGCCCAGCACGCGGCCGGGUUCGCGGGCGCCGCACGUGUUUCUGAAGGACGGCACGACGAGUAUCUAUGAUCUCUUCGGGGCGGAAUUUACCCUGAUCCAUUUUGUCGAGCGCAGCACCACCACCAAUACUAAUGAUAAUAACGUCAGUGAUAUCUUCGCAACCACGGCAGAGUCCCGCCAAAUUCCCCUGAAACACAUCCAUGUCCUCGACGAGCCUCACGCCCACCGCAUCUGGGAACGAGACCUGGUCUUGGUACGUCCGGAUACCCACGUCGCAUGGCGUGGGAACGCGGCCGAUGUAGCCCGCCUGACGGCCGACGAGCUCCAUCGCAUUUGGGAUGUUCUCACGGGGCAUGUUGCAUCUGCCGGUGCGGAGGCCAGUUCUCCUGUGCAUGUGGCGAAUGAGGAAGCCUUCAAGAAGAUUGUGGUCGAGUUUCUUGGAGGUGGGGAGCUGCAGGGAUCGGAGUUGAGGACUAGAUUGUAG